CCUCAAUCGUAGAAGCACUGCCGCGACAUGAGCUCCCAUUUACGACUGAAUCCGGCGUCGACCAAUGUAUGGUGUGGGCAGUGUGGGAAUGGAUAUAUAUACGCCUGAACCUUCCCCCUGUAGUUAAAUUCCCAAGCCUUAUCUCUCCAACUCAAAAUGAAAUCUUCCGAGAAUAGUCCUGUCACUUCUCCUCGAUCUCGUCGGAUAACAUUUUUGUCUUCAUCACUUGGCAGUGUCGCUACAGAUGUAGCCGCACGCUGCAAGGCUGUUCUCGAAAGCACACACACAACUGUCUGCGGAGCAAUAAUUUUCUUGCCCAAAGCGUUCGCGAUCCCAAUACCAAAGCCAGGCUACCCACUCCUGGAGCCUCCUGCAUCAUCAUAUCUCGAGUUUCAAGCUACACCGUCAAACGACUCCACUGUUAUCGCCGACUCGAAGUAUUUCUCCGACCGCUCCCUCCAGUUCGGGUCCUGGAUCCAGAGAGCGAAGCACAUUCGUUCCUCCCAAAACUUCGCGCUUUGUACUGGAAACCUUUCCCUAGCUCUCGCCGACGUAGGCGCAGCCUACCAAACGAGCUCAAAUGGCUCCACAACUAUACUCACACUUCUUCCAGCAGCAGGAGCUCUGAUUGGAGCUCCUGCCGAAGAGUUGUGGGUCUUGUAUAAGCUGAUGCCGCUGGCCGGAGUAUUAUCCGUCGCCCUCUCUCUAGGUGGAAACAUUAUCCCUCGCCGCAUCAACGAUUACACAAAUCCUGAUGGGCUCCUGGACAGGGGCGCGGGUGGCACUACAGCUGCUGAAAGCCCGCAAGGAUCGCUGAGGAAUGUUACAAUUAUUGAUUUGACGAGUGAGGGAACAGAAACCCAAAGAAAAGCGGAAGAGUUUGCGGAUAUGGUGCAUAUGAAGGCCGCAUCUGAGAGUCUUCGUCCUAAGCACAAGCCCAAAUUAGAGAUCACCGUCGGGAUCAUUAUACUCUGUGCCUGCCUAUCCUUAAUACUCACCGCAUGCUGGAUUCUACAAUCAGGCGCAAUAGUCGUCUGGUGGUGCACUGGCAAAAAUUGGAUGUUUCUUUGGUACGGUCUUACCGUAAUGUCUAGCCUGCUCGAAAAUAUAUCGGGUACACCAUUCAGCAAAUCGUGGACUAUUCGAGUCUCUAAACUCCAACCCCUCGAGAAGAUGCACUACCUUGCUACCACACGAGCCGAUCCAAUAUCAGCUCACUCUCCAGCAUCUAGCAGAGAAAACCUGAUAGCAGUUUCGGCUAAGGAAGAGAGAUCAAUUUCCUCCAAGAAGGAUGAGCAUGAGACCGUCAAGACCAUUGAAUUUGCCAACGGUGUUUUCCCACUUGAGGAAACCAAUUUACUUAAAGAACUCAGGAAAGUCUACCGGAAAAAAGGCUACAAGGCAAAGAGUAGCCAGAUCAUCAUCGAGAAGACAUCAACUACUUCAUCUAACACAGUCUACGUGAUAUUCAGCAUCCAGGGUGUUCACAGACGCAACGCAGCCUUCCGCCUGUUCUCCAAACUCAUUGCCGUCGGCGUCUUCGUUUUCUCCACCGCACUCUUCGCCAGUUCGGCACUUGUAACUAUCCUAGCCGCUACUCUCACUAUGACCUUGGUUCUGUUCGCCGGAAUAUUUGGGCGCGUCGCCGCAAUGUGGAUCUCCACGGUCAUCAUGAGGGACAAGCACAUAAUUCAUCUCGUUGUGAAGGAAGAACAGGCCGACCGAUAUAUGAAGGCGCUACUAGCAAGGAAGGGGUUGAUUUACGAGGUACUCGGUCAUGUUAUCACAAAUGGGAAAUGUCUGCGGAGGUAUGGCCUUGGUUUGCGAUGGAGUAUGUUGCUUGGGGUGUUGGCGCCGCCUUUUCAUCUCAAGAAGGUUGCAGCCUCGUAGAAG